AGAGAGAGAGAGAGAGAGAGAGAAUUACAAAGAAUACUGCAGCUCCAUCUCAGAUUCCACACACAGACAGCAACGCAGCAGAAACUCAGUGGCAGCAAGACAGAGACAGACACAGAGACCUUGCCUUAUAAAUGUCUAGAAGCAGGCAGUGAACAAGGACCAGCUCCUAGUGCUGCUGCUGCUGCUGUGGCUCUAUUUUUUAUAGAUACUCUUUUUAUUUUGUAUUCAUCCAUUGAGGUUUUUUUUGUGGGGGGGAACCAUGCCAGGAGAGGCAGCCCAGAGCACAGCACCCUCACCGGGGCGAUCAGGGCAGGAGGAGGAAGCUGAGAGAGGAUGCAUCCCUGGACCAGACAAGUCCUGCCACACCUCCAUUUCCUCCGCUUCAACCCCCAGCGACUGCGCUUCAACCCCCUCACCUCUCACUCCUUCCCAGCUCUCCCCGUCAGACAGCCCUGAAUGUACCUCCCCCUUUGGCCCGAGGCUCCCCAGGAGACAGCAAAGUAGCUCAGGAGACCGACCCCAGCCAGAAGGAGCGAGCAAUGACUGUGGCACUGAUGUGAGGCCCAGCCCUGGAGCAGCAUGCUCAGUGAACAAGUACACACAGGGACCCUGCAAGCAUGGGUACCAGUCGGUCAAGAUGGAGCGCAUCAAAGUGCUCAUUGGCACAGAGGUGGAAAGUGACUACAAGGAGCCAGAGACUCUAGACGCUAGAGUGGUGAUGGGACAGGAAGCCUUGCUGAGAAACAUAGAAGCACAAGUGGAUGGCCGGAUUGGCGGUUUGGGAGAAAAAGCAAAAAAGACUGAAGAUGAAGGGUCUGCAGCCAACGAGUGCUCCCUGGGGGCCACAGCAACAAGCAACAAGGCAAGUGAGAGCCGAAAGAAAGAGGAAGAGGAAGAAGACACACAGCUCGACACAGGCCAAGAGCGUGACUCUGCUUCAGAGAAGUGUCUCCCAGCACAUGAUGAGGGACUGGUAAAGGAAAUCCCACAGGAGUUGUCUGGCCUGGUUCAGGAAUCUAAAGCCCCAGACUCUGCAGAGACAGAUAGCCUAGACAUUACUGCAUCCCUUCCAGAAGAUGAAGGGGAGACUGCCCAAUCAGAAUCACCACAAACUCAGGGUGAAGUGCCUUCCUUGUUGUUUUCAGAACCUUGCCGCACAAGCGGGUCCCAGGAAGCUGAACCACAGCGGAUGGGUGUUACUCAAAGCCUGGAGCCUGACCUCUACUUUACUGCUCCGUCCACCCCCAUCAAGAUGGUCUACUACUCACACCUUAAGAACCACAGCUACUGUUCCACCAGCCCCAGCCCCCCUGCAGAGGAGCCCCCAGACCUCUCUGAAAGUGAGGGUCUCUGCUCUCCACCCACCUCCCCCUCUGGAUCCUACAUCACAGCCGAGGGCAGCAGUCGGACUUCAUCUUGCAACUCUAACACCUCUCCUUCCUGCUCUCCAAACCUCAUUGCUGAGGGAGAGCUGAUGGAGGCCCCCACCUGUUACGUUGAAUCUCUAUCGGAGAUUGGUGAUGAAGAGAGACCCAACAUGGACAAGGACCCCCUUGAUCUCUUCAAACCUGGUGAGCCGCAGCUGGUGGAGAACAUUGGCUUCAUGGAGGAAGUUGUGAGCAGCCACAGAAGUAGCCGGGAGGUGGACAGAAUAAAAAGGGAAACCUGCCGUCCUAGCUGGGUGACAGAAAGAGACAGAAAUUCUCCCCAGAGGAGCAGUAGCAGCAGGAGUUCCUCUGAAGACGAAUCAGAAGGUUCUCUGGAGACACCAGAGGAACUGGAGCCAAAGGAACUCACUGUGGACGAGGACCAAGACUUGGACUUGGAGGCUUGUGUUGCUGAACAUUUCGCUGCCCUUAAUGCACCUCUUAGUACAGAAGAAGACAUUUCUCUAGAGUUGUCCUCUCCUUGCCCCUUUAGCCAUCGAUUAGCCACCAUUGAUGCCAGAAGCUUGACCCCAGCCACCUGCUCCUCUGAGAUUUCUGAUACAGAAAACAACAGCCCCCGUGGGGAGACUUUGUCCUCUGCCUCAGAAUUCCCUGGCUUCUGUGUAGAGGAGAUCAUUGGAAGUGAUUAUAUGAUCCCUGCCUCAUUGCUGCCCUUCCACGCCAACUUGGUCUUUCAGGUAGAUUCCAUGGAGAUUACAUUGUUCCCUACAUCAGGAGAGCCAGGGAAUGACAUGGAUGCCUACGCCGCAGGAGAAGAGGAGGGUGAUGUAGACGAGGGGGAGGAUGAAGGGGAAGAUGAGGAGAAAUGCAAUGAGGACAUCAAUAAGGAAGACGCAUCAGCAUCCUUUGUGUACCAGGAUGACACUGAGGAAUCGUCAGACUCUGCAUCCUACAACGAGGAAGAGGAUGAAAGACUGCACAGCACUGAGAGACAUGCUGUGAUAGAAGAAAAUGUCCCCGGCCCCAACAACCCUGCAGAUUCAAAGGCACCCAAAGAGGACUCCUUAAACUCGAGGAGUAGAAGUGAGAGCGAGAGUGAGAUGGAGAUCUCCUCUGGCUUCUCUGACAAUGGAGACGAACAGAAAGAGACCUGCACAGCUCCUAAUUUGGUCCCUGGUGAUGCCUUAUCUCCCAAGAAAGUAGAAGAAAUAGGCCAGGGGAUAGAGCCUGGUUCUGCGACAGUGAAGCCAAUCAUGAACAAUGAAGAUCAAGAAGAUGGCACAGGCGACAGGGAAGAAGAAGCACAAACAUCAUCUUUGGAGAUGGAGACUGGAGAAAAAUGUGCAGAAGUCUGUGUCUCCAGUGCUGAAGCUCCAGAGAGGUUAGCAGAUGCAGCUUGCAUUCAGGUGACCAAAAACCCUUUUCAGGUUAAAACACAUCAAUCAAUUUUAACAGAACACAGUGAAAUGAAGUUGCCUUCAGAAGAGUUGGUCCAAGCUCUAGAAAGCAGGGAACCUCCUGUUUCUGGAACAGAAUGCCAGGUGUUAGAAAAUGAAGUUGCUGCCUGUUGCGAAGAGAUAGCCAUUGAGGAAGUAAACACUUUAGAAGUAAAAAAUUUUGAUCAGCAAAAUGCCAAUAGCACAGAGGGCACUGAAUUGAAAAUAAACCUGGAUGAAACUGCUACAAAUGACCUCAAUAAAGGAGUACCUCUGUUAUCACACCCCAAAGAUGAUCAGAGAUCAAGCAACAUACCGGUCACUGUAAUGUCAGAAAUUCCUUCCAAUAUCACUAAUAACCUGACUGUCAUAGCAUCUGAUAACCUGACCCCAGAAGCUUCUCUGAUCCAGGACAACCUGGCUGAAAACCAGCCUUGCACUGAUGAAACCAGUUUGGGCCACCACUAUGUAUCCUAUGAUGCCUAUAGCAUGGUAGUAAUUUCGCCAAAGAAAGAAAACUCUGAAACCAAUCUCUCAGGAAAAGGUGCUUCUCUGGACUCGUGGGAGUCUGCAAUCCCACUCCCCGCUGAACAGAGUUGUGAGUACGAGACAGAGAGCUUGUUGACAUGUGAGAUGACCUAUCAGACACAUACAGAGCCUACAGAGUCUCCAAACUUUGGUUCCAUUGAUGCUGCCACACAUCAGGAGGGAAACACUGACCAUAGUGUUGAUUAUAAUGAACUUCAAGAAGAAGAGGUGGUACCCGAUAAUUCAAAUUCCGAAACAUGUGCCAUGCAGUCCAUUCUGUCUAACUGGAAAUCUAUUGAGGAGAUAUCUGAAGCAGGAGGAGGGGAAGAUGGAAGCUCCCAUUUUCUAGAGGAUGAAGAAGACAACAUUCAUGGUGUUCAAGGUGCAUCUCGCUGCAAGGCACUGCAAGCGACAGAAGUUAAGAAAGCUGAAGAGGAGAAAUGCAAAAAUGUCAGUUCAGAAUACAGCUGUGCACUGAGCAAAGCUUCAGCUGGUCCUGAAAGCACAGGAUUUUAUAUUCUUUCAAGGGAUGAAAACAAAGAAGAUGAAGCCUCUCCCACUUCAGGGCAGGAGAACCAGCUACUAGUUAGCCAGAAGGAAUCUGUGAUGAAGGUUAUUGAUCUUGUACCAGAACCUCUUGAAGUUGCAGGCAGGGAUGGUGAAAUUAGUCCUGAAACGCAGCCAUCACAGGCUUUAGAAACAGCCCAGGAACUGGAAGAAAAUAAAACAGUCUUUUCUGAAUUUCCUCCAAAGCAAAGCUGUUCUGAGUCAGACCUUUCUGACACACAAGCAGCUGGACAUAACAUUGCAGCAGAUGCACGUCAAGAGCAAAUACCAGAUGCCAAGCAAUCAGCUGGAAGAUGCUCCCUUAAGGAGGCUGUGGUUGAUCAACCCGACCUAACUGAGGCUCCAAUAGAAGCAUAUGUCAAUAAAGAUGAUCAGUUAUAUCCACUAAACACUGAAGAAUCUAUUAAAUCUGUUAAAUCAGAAGCAUCCUUCACUUUGGCUGGGGGUUCUUUUGGCUCUUUCAAACCCAGGCAAAACCCAUGUGAUAAUAAAACUGAUGAAUCUGCUGUAAAAACGCCUGUUUCUGAAAGCAUAGACACAGGGGAGAGCAGCAUACAAAAGAGUGACUCUGGUUUUGAGAAAAAGGAUAUUAAACUAGUAAAGAGUGUUGCCCUCCUUCUGGAACAAGACAUUGAACAAACAAACAGCAGUUCUGACUUUGUGAGAGAGGAUACAGAAAAACCAAAGAGCGAAACUCCUCUUGACAAACAAGAUUGUGGACCAGCAAAAGGAGACUCUAAUCAGGAGACAGGAGAUACAAAAGAAACAAAGAGUGGUCCUAUAUUUGAGGAGAAGAUACAGGAACAAUCACAGGCUGCUGUUUGCUUUGAACAAGAGGAAAAAGAGAACCCAAAGAAUGAAAAUCCCUUAACGAAACAAGAUCCCGAAAAUGCAAAAAGUGAAACUUACCUUGAGACAGUGGACAAUAAACAAGCAAAGAGUGACUCUAGUUUUGACGAGCAGGAAAAUGACCAAGCGAAGAAUAUUGCUCAACUGGAGAAAGCUGAUAAUGAAAAACUUAAGAGUGACACUCCCUAUGGGAAACAAGACAAAGAACAAACUAAAAGUGAUUCUCCCCUUGAGAAUGAAGACAUUGAACAAGGAAAGAGUGAAACUUCUUACAAAAAUUAUGAACAAUCAAAGGAUAACAUUGUGUUCAUGAAAACACGUGAAACUUGCUUUGAAGAGGAGCCUUAUACACAGCAAGGAAAGAGUGAUGCUUCCCUCAAGGAAGAGGAUAACGGAAACACUAGUGAAGCAGUGAAAUAUCAGAGUGAGGAAGACCCAGGUCUUCAAAGCGAUUCCAUAGACACAGUUCCCAGCACUUCAAGCAGCAUUUUGGAUGCAGAAACCCACCUGGAGAGAAAAGAUCAGGAUCGAGAGGACUCUAUGGUUCUGCAAGAGUCAGAGGAAGUAGCAGCAGAUAGAGAAGUUGCCCUAGACAGGGAACUAUCUGAAUCUGCAGGAAUAAACUACUCUGUAAUUUACCAGUUGUCAACCAGUGAAGACCAGAAUGACCACUUCUCUCGUGAGAGGUGUGGCAAGGUUGAACCAUUUGAUGGUGGCUAUGUUACUGAGCAGCAGGGUGGGGUAGAAAAGAUUUCAAAGACUUUAGAAGAGACAUCUUACAAUGAAGAAUCACCAAACAAGGGAACCUCAGAGCUUGCUCAGCAUAAUAAACCUGACAUCUUAUUCAGAGCUGACAUUUCUAAAAAACAGGCACAUGGCAACAGAGAAGUAAAGUGGAAUCUGGACGAAGGAGAUGUUCAAGAAAUCCCUCAUCUAGAGGAAGCGAUCCAGAGUUCAUUCAAUGCAGAUAGUGCCACUGCAACAGCAGAGAAGCAGGAUAACUUCAGCUCUGCACACCAGAUCCACAUAGAGGAGAGCCAAAGUGCUGAUGAAGGAUCAGAUGAAUUACCUAGAGCAUUGCCUCUUCAUUUCCCAGCAGAUUUUUGCACCCCAAUACAGGAACUCCAGUGCUCUCUCACUGCACUCACCCACACUGCUCCCUCCCACACUCCUUCACCUCCUGAUACCCUGGCAGCUUCGCCUAACCAAUCACAUCCAUCCGUGGACUCAGGGUCAGAACUAAGGGAGUCUGCUUUAGAUACCGUCCAAGAGACACACCUGCCUGAAGAUCUGGAGCAUCAUCUGCAGGAAUCAGUGAACUCACAAAACAAGUCAAAAGCCAGUGCAAAGAUGGAAAGUUUGGACCAAACAGACUAUUGCACAGAGGAGCCACAUGGCCACACCCAAUCAAAGAUUCCUCUGGAGUGCCGCAUGGAGAAGCGCCUGGGAUCCACCCAGACCGAGUCAAGCUCGUCCAGUGAGGCAGACCACCAGUUCCUCUGCAGGGACAGCCCCCAGGUCCUGCCGCAGAAACUACCUGCCAGUGUGGAGCAGCACAAGAGUGACAGAGGCUCUGCCAGACAGACUCGGUGGGAUGUCUCCUUCAACCACAAAGCAGGCUCCUGCAAUGAUUCAGACAGUGAUGGAUCUGUGCCUGAUCUAGAAGAACCUGAGAUACAACCUCCUCGCCCCACACAGUCCCAGUCCCAGCUCUCACACUCCGUGGAGGCAGGAGACGAGUCCUUCAAUAAAGCCAAGCAGAGCCGCAGUGAGAAAAAGGCACGCAAGGCCAUGUCCAAGCUGGGCCUGCGGCAGGUUCACGGCGUGACCCGCAUCACCAUUCGUAAAUCCAAAAACAUCCUGUUCGUCAUCACCAAGCCUGACGUCUUCAAAAGUCCUGCAUCUGACAUCUACAUCGUCUUUGGAGAGGCCAAGAUAGAGGACCUAUCGCAACAGGUGCACAAGGCAGCUGCAGAGAAGUUCAAGGUCCCAAUGGAGCACUCGACCCUCAUCACUGAGACCAUGCCCACUCUGACCAUCAAGGAGGAAAGCGAGGAGGAGGAGGAGGUGGAUGAGACGGGUCUGGAGAUUCGUGAUAUCGAGCUGGUGAUGGCUCAGGCUAAUGUCUCCCGUGCAAAGGCAGUCAGAGCGCUGAGACACAACAAAAACGAUAUCGUCAAUGCCAUUAUGGAGCUGACCAUGUAGGCUUUCUGGAGGGUGAGGAGGCUAUUUUUGUCCCUGCACAGUGACCCUCAGCUCAUAUAUACUAUAGAAUGAACUGUAUCGCUGCUACCUUGCAUCCCUAAUCCUGCUCAAUAAAACUGUCUGUUAUAACUAA